AUGAUUGGGAUUGAAGUAAAAGGACGUUUGAACCAAUACAUCAAAGCUGUCCUUCGCAACGUGAUAAAUGAAAAUGCCAUAGUUUUCUACCCGGAAAAGAACGAAGAAGAACAAGUUCCACUCCAAAACGUACGAUUACCUCCAUCGUCUGGAAGCGAUAUUCAGCCUGGACAAAGCGGAGAAGUCUUGUUUUCUGUCGCAACUGAUCAAACUACAGGCUCUCCUAAUACCAAAACUACACUGCCCUGUCGUUGGGGUGAUGGCACUACUAGCAAACCAGAAAUCGAACUGGUAUUGGAUGACAACUGGGAUAACCUUUCAAUUCCCUCUUGGUGGCCAUGUCGUGUUACGAAAAUUCGUGAUGAUGUUGCCGUUGUCAAACUCAACGUAACUGCACCAGCUGAUGCAACUCCUUCAGAGAUUUCACUUUGUACACAGCUUUCUGCUAUAACCGAUAUUGUGAGUCGUAAAAUUUUACGCCAGCCGAGUGAAGGCUGUCCAUGUUUAUCUCCUGAUGACAUCCAUCGACAUCGCAUCGAAAUUCCAAAAGAGCUAGCAGAAUUCGCUUCAGACACUUCUGUGCACAAUUAUUUUUUACGCCGUUGUGGAGGCCCUGUAAGCGUAUACUAUGAUAGUGAAUCAUCAAGUUUAGUUGUGCUAACUACAGACCCAGUGACAGCGAAGAAUGUUGCCUUGUUGGAGGAUACACAUUUAAGAAUGUUGCGUCAAAAAUUUGCACUGACUCGAAGCCUACGGCAAACCAUGCGUAACCUUGAAGUUAACCGUGGACCAGAUGUAUCACGAGGAGGUGGUGGAAUGAAGAAUAGUGGAGAUUGGAAUACUGAUCCUAGUCUAUAUGUUGAGAAAUUUUAUGUCCCUCAACAUUUAAUGGGAUUGGCUAUAGGAGCCCGUGGAGUAAAUAUUCGUUCUGCUCGUGAAAUUCCAAAUGUAGUCCGGAUUAGUUCAUGGGAACCACAUGAAUAUCGUCCAAAAGAUAAUGAUCCUGUGGAUAAUGCUGGUGAUUACGGCGAUUCUGCGAUGUUUGUUGUGGAAGCCAAGACUCAGGAAGCAGCAAAACAAGCUCGUGCAAAAUUAGAAUAUACUGAAUUGUAUUUAGGUGUUCCACGUCGGUAUGUAGGCCGUUUAAUUGGCAAAAGAACAUCCAAUAUCAUGUCGAUUAUUCGUAAAUCUGGCCUGCUGCACAUUCAUUUAGACGAUCAUAUUGAUGGUCCAGUGACUGUUAGCGAUGAUAAUAAUCAAUCAGACCUGAUCAAGUAUGCUUAUCCAGAUCGUCCCACACCUACUACAAUGCGUAGAGUUUUCCUUAAGGCUGGAAGUACUCAAACAACAUCUCAACCACAUUCAGACGAAGAAUUCGGUGGAUUCAUACUAGCCGGUACAAGAGAUUCAAUUGAAAAAGCUCGUUUGUUGAUUAAUUUUCAAAUGGACUAUUUUUAUGAUCUCGAGAAGAUGGAGAGUGAAAAACUUGAAUUAAUGAGAAGUUUAUCUCAUGGUAGCGCAGAUGCUGGACCAGGUUAUCCACCUCGUGGUGGAGCUGCUGGUCGUUGGGGUGACCGUGGUGGUGGUGGUGGCGGUGUUCCUAAUUAUCCUCGCGGUGGACGUGGACGCAGACCAGGACGUGGUGGUUUAUUGCAUCCUCCAAUGAAUGCCAAUGGUGGUCCUAACCAUUCACAUUAUACAGAUGAUGAGAAUCCAAUCCCAUAUCGUGGAGCUCGACGAAUGCCUCGUGAAAUGCAAGGCCCUCGAGCUCCUGGUGGAAGAGUACCUCGCCAAGGUGGUGGGAGAAGCGGUGGUCGACGCAUGGGUGGUCCAAAUCGUGAUUCUGACUGGAAUGCUCACGCAAGUAGUAAUGGUGAUGUUGCUGAUCGUCGUCGUGGAUCACAGGACUCGGAUGUCAUAGAAUCUAACAAUUUACCUGAUGGAGUAUCAGGAGACCGUACAAACGGUGGUGGUAGACACAAUAGAGUUACACGCCCUCCACCUGCGCACAAUGGAUUUUAUUCUGAUAGAGAACGUGGAGAUGAUAGUGAGGAUACGCCUAAUCAAGGUGAUGAGAACAAUUUCCCGUGUGGUGGUGAUGCAUCUUCAGAAGACGAUGGUGGAUGUUCAGUGGAUGGUAUGCGUCCAAGGAUGAACAAAUCUGUACAUAAUCGUCCUAAUGCUGGUGCAUAUCCCCCACGUCGUUCACGUCAAAGUCGUUCACAAAAAUCUAAUCAAUGGAAUACUGCUAAGGCUCAAUUAUUAAAUAAUGAGUCAUCGACCACCACCACCACCGGUACUGGUAAUAGUAGCCAGAAAUCACGAGUAGUAAGUGGAAGUGGCAGCGGCGUAGGCAGUGGAGCUAAUCCAUCAGGUAGACAGCAGUCAACAGCUCAAGUAUAUCAGGAAUAA